GGAGUCUCCGUGCGUGUCUCUGCCUGGAUGUCUCCCUCAGUCGGAUCUGGAUCUUCACCGGAUCAAUAUUGUGGUGACUUCUGAGGCUGACAUGCUGGUGGCUGGAGGAAAAUGAACACAGACGGCUCCCAGCCUUCUGUUGCUCCAAAGCCACGCUGUGUUUGUCACGCCAGCCUACAGCCGCCUUCCCCUCUCAUGUCUGCGGGCAGAGGUCCCAAACCUUCUGUCGCGCCAAAACCUAGAAUCACAUUUGAGCUCAAUGGAAGAAACGCUUUCUCGCCGUCCAACUGCAUCAUUGGAAACACCCUCGCACAAAGGGAGUCGAACGAAAAACCGAGCGAUUUCCUGAAUCAAGUGAUCAAGCGUGAGCCCUUGUUCCACCUGAAGUCACCAGCAGAUAAGAGUGAGGGGUUGGCUGAUGUAUCUAUGACAGCAGAAGAGAAGGAAGAGGAAGAGCACGGCCAUGGAAAAGUGGAUGAGAUUGGGAGGCUGAGCGACAGCAACCAAACAGAAGAGCUGGACUCUAUGGAGACUCUGUGGCACAGUGACGCCGGACUCACCACGGACUCUGAUGAAGGCGUGGAGAUGAUAAACAUCAGGAUAACUGACAACAUAGACCAUGACGCUGGCGAGGCCUUGGCUGACACUGAAGGUCUGGCAGUGGGAGAUGCCUCCAUCAGCAGUUUGGACGAGGAGCCAGCCGGUCGUUGCGACUCUAAGGGGGAUGAGCACGGCACCAGUCAGGUGACAUGGAGAAUGCAAGAUAAAGAAGUGGACGCUCCCAUUGUAGUGAGAGACCAGGAAGACAAAGAAGCCACUCUGGACUGUGGCUUCUCCUGCAACAUCCUCAAGUUGACGUGUGGCCCAAAGAAGGUGGAGGAUAAAAGCACCAGAUUCACCACCGAUGAACCAAACAUUCCAGUUUGUAAUUUUACAUCUGGAGAUCAAAAGUUCCCAAAUCCAUCCGAGAGACAUCCACUCCUCCAAGAUGGAGGCCAUGACCUGGCUAGCAAGGAGAUGAUCCAGGAAGACCCUCAAGAUGGCACACCGCCAUGGUAUCUUUGCGGAAGAAAUAACCCUGUGAAGGACUCAAAAUGUAACUCAGCAAGAAACGGACCAGCAAAUUGUUUGAAUUCUGACGAUUACGUGGAGAUACAAAACAACAUUUGUAACAGCAAAAAAGACAACAGCUUGAUGAGAAGUGACGGACACAAAGAGGGCAGGCUGAGCUCUGCGCCGUAUUCCCAGCCAAGGUUCAGGCUUCUGUAUAACCCGGCACCAAUGGAGACGGAGUCCUCGCUGAGCCCGUCGCCGUCGGACAACCACCUCGCCUCCCUGAGCGACUCUGACUUUUUAAGUAGCGAGGAUGACCUGGAUGGUUUUAUAGGACGGUUUAUGGAUGAGUGCACCGAAACACAGCCUGAGUUCAGCACAGCACAACGAUAUCAGAGUUCAGAGCAAGGUUUGAAAAGCGACACCGUUUUUGUGUUAAACAAGAGGCCGGCCGGAGUAAGCUCCCGCUCUUGGUCCCAGCUCAGGAUGAACAACGUGAACCAGAUCAACCCAAACGUUUCGCCCCGACCCUGCUGGAGUGGCCCAAAAGGACCGGCGUUGAACGCAGCGCGGCGGGACUCCAAACAACACUUGUCGAUGUACCCUCGGUCCUUCUCUAUGGAGGAGCAGAAGCUGCCUUUGCAUGUCCACAGAGAUGGAGGUCAUUCUCCAAUUCACACAGGUGCCUUUUAUUCAUCCGGAAGGUUCUCAAAGUGCUCCAGUGGGCUCUCCACACCCACGUCUGCGGUGGACAUCCCUCCUCCAUUCCAGCUUGCCUACAUCACUAAAAAGCCAAUCACCAAAAGCUCGCCCUCGCUUCUUAUGGAGAGCGAUUCGUCGGAGAAAAACAGGAAGAAGGCGUCAUCCAUUAAACGCUUCUUGAUGCUCAAGUUUCGGCGGAAAGCUGAGUGUAAGCCAGAUGUCAAUCACGGCGCCGGCAAGGCCUCAACACCGCCCAGUCAUCAUCCACCAAAACGAUUCAUGGAUUUAGACAGCCCGCACGGUUCGCCGCUGCUGUACUCUCGACCCGUGUCCAAGUCGCGAACACCUUCAGAGCUGACCCCCAACUUCUUGUUCUACCACGAAAGCAGAUGUGAAGCAAACUCGGAGGCAUUUCUGAACCGCAGCGUCAUCCGAGUGGAGUCCUUCAAUGACCGCUCACGUGUGCCUUUCAUGCCUCUUCCUCUCACCAAGCCACGCUCCAUCUCCUUUCCCAAUACAGAUACCUCAGACUACGAGAAUGUUCCUCCACUCAGUGCAGACUAUGAGAACAUUCAGGUUCCUGCACGCAGACCGGUGCGACAGGAACCCAUUCGGGUACUGUCAUCCGCCAAUGAGACGGAUGGUUACGUGGACAUGAGCAGUCUUCCAGGGUUUCACAGCAAAACAAAGCCGUCGUACGAGGAACCAGAGAGCGCCUACACAGAAGCCUACAAGGUGUGUGCAGCGGCUGCCGCCUCACUGAAGGACUCACCUGGCGACGCUGGAAGACGGACAGCAGCAGAGGACGACCCCGGUCGCACGUCUGAGGAGGACGAUGGAGGAGCUGAGUGCAUCUGCGACAGCCAGCACGAUGGUCGGACCAGGGCGUUUUACAUUGCAAAAGAGUUGGCAGAUUCAGAGAAGCAACACGUCAAAGCUCUCAAGCGGCUUCAGGAAGACUUCCGGGAAGCAGUGGGAGCAGCCGUUGGAGAUGAAGGGGAACCUGUGUUGGAGGAUGAGAGGCUGUGGGAGAUUCUCAAUGAGCUGCCUGAUGUGUACACUCUACACCGAAGACUCCUCACUGAGCUGGAGAAUCGGAUCCGUCACUGGGAUGAACGUCAGAGGAUUGCUGACAUUUUUCUCUCCAGGAAAUUAGAAUUCUUGGUCUUCACCACUUACAUUGGCCACUAUGACCGGAGUGUGAGUCUCCUGGAGGAGAGCUGCCGCAGGUCGUCUGCUUUUGCCGCCGUAGUCCAGCGGUUUGAAAAAAGCCCUGCAGGUGAGACGGUUUCCCUCCAGCAGCAGCUGCUGCAGGUGAUCGUGCGAGUGGCUCAGUACCGGAUGCUCCUCACAGAUUACUUGAACAACCUCUCACCUGAUUCUCAGGAAUACGAAGACACACAAGCUGCCGUGGUGAUCGUCUCAGACAUCGCAGAUCAAGUAAAUGACAGUUUGCAACAUGGGGAGAACCUGCUGCGCCUGGUCACCAUAGCGUACAGUGUUGGAGGCCAGCGGGGCCUGCUGCAGCCUGGCAGGGUGUUUGUGAAGGAGGGAACGCUGAUGAAGGUCAGCAGGAAGAGGCCGCAGCCUCGCCAUCUGUUUUUGAUGAACGACGUGCUGCUGUACACCUUCCCUCAGCAGGAUGGGAAGUACCGACUGAAGGAGACGCUGACUCUCGCUCAGAUGAAGGUCAGUAAACCUGUCGUGGAGAAUGUCCAAAACGCGCUGAGGAUUGAAGCGGCAGGCAUCACUGUCACGCUGGCUGCAAGCUCCUUCCUCGAGCGGGAAGACUGGUUUUACACUUUGAGCCGGACUGUGGCGGAGCAGGCUCGAGGAGCUUCACCUGUGGACGGCUGCUCUGCAGAGGCCCGGGACUGCAUGAAGCUGGCUUUGGGAGAAAAAGCGCCGACUCUUGUCCCAGUGUCUCAAGUGAUGAUGUGCAUGAACUGCACCUCCGACUUCAGCCUCACGCUGCGCCGUCACCACUGCCACGGCUGCGGGAGAAUAGUGUGCAGAAGCUGCUCGAGGAAUCGCUAUCCUCUCAAAUACAUGAAGGAUCGAAUGGCCAAAGUGUGCGAUCACUGCUACGGCGAGCUGAAGAAGAGAGGGGAUGAUGACUCAGCGAACUCUGCCAAGAGCAGCCCCCGGACGCCCCGCGCCAGCCGUCCCCUGUCCGUCAUGUUCCAGAACAUCCACCCUCCCAACAUCUGGAGACAUCGCAAAGGCAUGCUCACUUUCACGCAGGUGACCGUGUCAGAUGAAGGCUCCAUCAGUGGGAACCUGCAUCGCAGUAAGAAGAGGAAAAAGAGUUGGAAGAGAUUUUGGUUUCUUCUGAAGGACAAAGUGCUGUACACAUACAGAGGGCAAGAGGAGAAGAUCGCUUCAGAGACUUUGCCCUUGCUGGGUUUCACGGUGCGGCUGCCUGACCAGCGAGAGGGAGACCUGGAGGCCAACGUCUUCCAGCUGUACCACAAAAACACUUUGUACUACACCUUUAAAGCCGAGGACAAUUACACUGCCCAAAGGUGGGCCAACGCCAUGGAAGAAGCCACCGUGCUGUAGUCCUCCUCCCCACCAGCUGCUGGCUUCCUCAGUGACCUGACAACAGAAGACACAUGCUGUUCUUUUACUGGGGACACGAUCACCUAGUUUUCCCCUCAUGCUGCUGCAGCAGGUGUGAUGAAGAGCACUGCAGGAGGAAUCGGCCCACAUCGUUGACAGUGAGGAGCAAAUGUGUUAAUGCAACCUGGAUUUCACCCUUGAAUCCUUCCUUAAAUUCACAGCAUUUUUCUUUUAACGGUGGUCACUGAGUCAGGGGAAACCAGAAGACGUCUUCCUCCGUGGGCUUCAAUUAUUCCUUGUGACUAAUGAAGGGAAUCAGGAGCUGCAUUGACGAAUGAAUAGUUUUCUAUAUAGAUCUGCCACGAAAUGUUCCCAUUCUCUUGCCAGGACAUAUCGUCUUUUCCUUGUGUGCACUGAUAUUAAAAGAAACUGAUCUGAGUGUAUCUUUAGAAAAGACGCCUCCACUUCUUCUCUGUUUUCAAGGGAUUUUUUGUUUGAAGUGGCUCAGAAACCUUGGUGUUGAGAUGUAGAUGCUGUUUA